GAGAAGGGUGGUCUAGCUCUUGUUCUCCCCAGAAACUAAGCACCCCCCACCCCCAACUUUGCCAUCCCUGCCCUCCUUCCCUUCCUCAACAUUAAUGAGCCAUACAGGGUGAGGGUCCUUUCAAUUUGGUGCUGGGAAAACAUGGAAACACCUUCCAUAAAUUGCGCGCGCGCUGGGGGGGGGGGGGGGGACUGUAAGGACAGACAGCGGGAAUCGGGAAGGCCUCCCCCAACCUUCCAGACUGCGGAAGUGCGUCAGCUUGUUGGCCCCGCAGGGCAUUUUGGGAAUUGUAGUGAAGUUGGGAGGGGGGCGGUGACACUGACGGUGUAACCCUUUGGAGACCAGAGCGCUUUGGCAGGGCUGGAACAGAAUUGGGGGCGCCCCACCACUCCCUUCAGCAGAUAAGGCAGCUGAGGCUGGCAACUUCAGUUCUCUCCUUUCUCCGGAUGUUGCUGGCUCCAAUCAGAGGCUGCCAUUCAAGAUUUGGGGCAAGAAGAAGUGCCAAGUGAACAGCCCUGCCCAACGCUUAAGUUGCCUGCUUCCCGUCCCCCUGUCCUGAAACCUUCCAAUCAAGACCCCUCCGCCCCGCCCCAGGAGCGACUGCCUCCGUAGCCAGUCAUUGGCCCACCUUUGAAGGGCGGGAAUUGAGCUUCAGAGAAGGCAAGAUUUUUGCCUAAAGCCGCACAGCAAGUCGGAACAGAAGCUGGAUGCCCGGAAGCCUGUCCACCUCCUACAAUUUUUGAGUCCGUCGUGGCGCUCGCCAUUUGUAUCACAUCCCUGUUUCCAACCCUUGUGCUCGAAAUGCUCGGAGCAAGCCAAACUCCCUGCCCCGCGGCGACGAGUGGUAAAGGUCGCGCAGCGGCGAGCCCGCGCCGUCCUCUGCUGCCUGCCGUCCCCUUUAAGAGCCGGCCCCGGCGGGACUACGUUUCCCAGAAGGCUUUGCCGGCGCGUUAUGUAACUUUCCCUGCGAAACGGCCUCUGGGGCAGAAGGAGGUGGAGGCGGCGGUGGCAGCCGUUGGAGCGGAGGUGGCGGGAGCGGCGGGAGCCCGAGGCGGCGGCGCUCGCGGCCCAUCGCGGGGCCCGAGCUGUGCGCCUCGGCCCGGAGCCCGGAGCAGGCUGGGGCGCCGACGUACCUUUGCCUGCCUUUUCGAGGAGGCGGGAGUGAGGAAAAAGGCUUAGGGCCCGGGGGGCGGGGAAGGGGGGCCGGGCCUGGAUCCGCGGGGAGGCCGAGCCAGAGGCCCGACUGUGGCUCGCGCGGUCCUGGGGACACAAAUCGAACGUCGGCAGUGCGGAUCGAACGGCGGCGGGUGGAUUGAGGGGUCCUGAAGGCGCGCGUUUGGGGGCUAUGGCGUCCGUGCAGGCGUCCCGCCGCCAGUGGUGCUACCUGUGCGACCUGCCCAAGAUGCCGUGGGCCAUGGUGUGGGACUUCAGUGAGGCCGUGUGCCGCGGCUGCGUGAACUUCGAGGGCGCAGAUCGCAUCGAGCUGCUCAUCGAUGCUGCCCGCCAGCUCAAGCGCAGCCACGUGCUCCCCGAGGGCCGCUCGCCGGGGCCCCCGGCCCUCAAGCACCCGGCCACUAAGGACCUAGCUGCCGCCGCCGCACAGGGUCCUCAGUUGCCGCCUCCACAGGCCCAGGCCCAGUCAUCGGGAGCAGGCGGCGCUGUCUCGGGCCAGGACCGCUAUGACAGGGCCACAUCAUCUGGUCGCCUCCCACUCCCCUCGCCCGCCCUGGAGUACACCUUGGGGUCGCGCCUGGCCAAUGGGCUGGGCCGCGAGGAGGCUGUGGCAGAGGGGGCGCGAAGGGCCCUGCUUGGCUCCAUGCCCGGCUUGGUGCCCCCCGGGCUGCUGGCAGCUGCGGUGUCUGGCCUGGGAAGCCGAGGCCUGACGCUGGCACCCGGCUUGAGCCCUGCCCGUCCACCCUUCGGCUCCGAUUUCGAGAAGGAGAAGCAGCAGAGGAACGCGGACUGUCUGGCAGAACUGAAUGAGGCCAUGAGGGGCCGGGCAGAGGAAUGGCAUGGGCGCCCCAAAGCUGUGCGGGAACAGCUGCUGGCGCUGUCUGCCUGCGCCCCUUUCAAUGUCCGCUUCAAAAAGGAUCACGGGCUGGUGGGUCGGGUGUUCGCCUUCGAUGCUACUGCCCGCCCGCCGGGCUACGAGUUUGAGCUGAAGCUCUUCACCGAAUACCCCUGUGGUUCUGGCAACGUGUAUGCAGGAGUCCUGGCCGUGGCUCGUCAGAUGUUUCAUGAUGCUCUGCGGGAGCCAGGCAAGGCACUGGCCUCAUCAGGCUUCAAGUACCUCGAAUAUGAACGCCGACACGGUUCAGGGGAAUGGCGCCAGCUGGGGGAGCUGCUAACCGAUGGUGUCCGCAGCUUCCGAGAGCCAGCUCCCGCCGAGGCCCUACCGCAGCAAUACCCAGAGCCAGCCCCCGCAGCUCUGUGUGGCCCACCCCCACGAGCCCCAUCCCGGAAUCUGGCUCCCACGCCGCGCCGUCGCAAGGCAUCCCCUGAACCUGAGGGUGAGGCCGCUGGGAAGAUGACCACGGAGGAGCAGCAGCAGCGACACUGGGUGGCACCCGGUGGCCCAUACUCCAAUGACACCCCUGGUGUGCCCUCACCCAUCGCCGCUCUGAAGAACGUGGCCGAAGCCCUGGGCCACUCCCCCAAGGACCCUGCCGGGGGUGGCGGCCCUGUGCGUGCAGGGGGGGCCAGCCCGGCAGCCUCUUCCACAGCCCAGCCUCCAGCCCAGCAUCGUCUAGUGGCCCGCAACGGUGAGGCAGAAGUUAGCCCCACUGCAGGGGCAGAAGCAGUUAGCGGGGGUGGUAGUGGUACUGGAGCGACCCCUGGGGCCCCCCUGUGCUGUACCCUGUGCAGGGAGCGGCUGGAAGAUACCCACUUCGUCCAGUGCCCCUCAGUGCCCGGACACAAGUUUUGCUUUCCCUGCUCACGGGAGUUCAUCAAGGCACAGGGCCCUGCUGGGGAGGUGUACUGCCCCAGUGGAGACAAGUGCCCGCUAGUGGGCUCCUCCGUCCCCUGGGCCUUCAUGCAGGGUGAGAUCGCCACCAUCCUUGCUGGAGACAUCAAGGUUAAGAAAGAACGGGACCCCUAGGCCACCACUGCCAUCAGUCUACUGCCCACCCCCACUCCCUUGCUACCUACCGCUCCUGCGGAUAAAUUAUUCCCUCCCCCACCCAGCCCAGUGCCUCCCCUCCCUGUGUACAUACCCCCUUCCUUAUCCCAGAUGGGCCCCCUGGGGUAGAUGCAUUGAGGGUGGGGGGAGAAAGCUUGUGGCUUCUGUCCGAGGGGGUGUUUGGGGGGUCCCUUGACCCCUCUAGUUUCCCUCUCCCCUCCUUGGCUUGGCUUUGCUGCUGCUUGUAGUUGGGGGGAGAGGUGCCCCCCUUCUUGAGACGGGGCCUCCUGAAAUCUCGCUCUUUAUAAACGAAGCAAAAGCAUUUUAUUGCCCCCCCACCCCCUUUUCCUCCUUCAAUAAACUGAAAGAUGGGUUUUUUCC